AUGUUUGCAACAUAUUCGGCUAGUAUUCUCCGUUCGACUUUACCCCUGCGUAGCGUUGGCGUCAGACUGCUGAGCCAGGAAACUCGGCGGGCCAUUGAGGGCGCCAUUUCCUCUGCCCCAGUGGUUCUGUUCAUGAAGGGCACCCCAGAGUUCCCUCAAUGUGGCUUUUCGAAGGCCGCCAUUGAGAUCCUGGGCAGACAGGGCGUGGAUCCUGCGAAGUUUGCGGCGUUCAACGUGCUGGAGGAUUCUGAGCUGCGGAGCGGGAUAAAGGAAUAUUCCGAGUGGCCUACAAUUCCACAGCUCUACGUCAACAAGGAAUUUGUUGGGGGGUGCGACAUCCUCACCAACAUGGCGCAAUCCGGCGAGCUAACUACUAUGCUCGAGGAGGCAUCCGUUCUUGUGCCGGAUACUGAGUGA